UCGGACGCCGGAUAUCCAGAAAACGUUUUUCCUGUUACUAUUGCUGGUGGUGAUCGGAGAGUUCUUUAGUGCGCCCGCCAUAACGCUCGCUGACUCCGCUGUCAUUACGCUGCUUGGCGAAGAUGCCGACAGGUAUGGCCACCAGCGUAUGUUCGGAUCCCUAGGGUGGGGGUUGGCGAUGUUCUUCGUGGGCAUCGCACUCGACCACAGCACGGCGUUCAGCUCCCACCCUUGUGGCGGCCCUCAGCGUUACGAAAAAAAUUAUACCAUUUGCUUCGCUACAUUUUCCGUGCUGAUGGGCGCUGCAUUGCUCACAGCCUCCCAGAUAAGGUUCAAGUACGAAUUCGUGAGCAGCGAGGCGGAAGCACCAGCGCCUCCGCCAGCCGAGCCCACGCACGAGGAGAAGUUGCAGCAGCAGCUGGCCGAGCAGCUGCAACUACCUGGUCUAGACACCAGCGCGCCCCAGCCACAGCAACCGCCUUUACAUCACGCUAAGGUGUUCGCGCAGACGACGCGCGAGAUGCCGGAGUGGGUGACGGUGCUGCGACAGUUUCAAAAUGUGAAAGCGGCCUCUUUCCUUCUGGUCGCCUGGUUUAUGGGUUUCGGCAUCGGUCUCAUCUUCACUUUCCUCUUCUGGCACUUGCAGGACAUCGACGGGUCGCCUACUUUAUUCGGCGUCGCCUCUGUCAUCAACCACAUCUCGGAAAUCUUUGCAUAUUUCUUUAGCUUCAAGCUGAUCACUCAACUCGGCCACGUUAAGGUGCUGUGCCUGGGCCUGGCGGGGAACGUGCUGCGGUUCCUGUACAUCUCGUGGCUCACCAACCCCUGGUGGGUGCUGCCUUUCGAGUUCGUGCAGGGCGUCACCCACGCGGCGGUGUGGGCCGCCUGCUGCUCCUACAUCGCGCACGCCACGCCUCCGCGCCUGCGCUCCUCCGCGCAGGGCGUGCUGCAAGGUCUGCACCACGGGCUGGGCCGCGGCUGCGGGGCGGUGCUGGGCGGCAUCGCGGUGGCCAAGUGGGGCACCACGCGCACCUUCGCGGGCUACGGGCUACUGUGCGGGGUGGCGCUGGCCGCCUUCGCGUUCGUCAACUUCCGCGACGGCGACGCGGAGGGGGGCGCGGGCGCGGGCGGGGGCGGGGGCGCGGGGGCGGACGAGGAGGCGCGCGCGGUGGCGGAGGCGGGCGUGCUGGCGCCCCACGGGGUGCCCUCCAACCCGCUGCCGCGCGCGCUGUCCUCCACGCGCCUGGCCGACCUCGCCCAUCACGACUCCUACGGCGCCACGCAGGUUUAUACGUUAACUACAGUGGAGCGGACAGCCUGGGGGUGCCGGGGCAGGCGCCGGUGCCGCGGCAGUCGCCCGCCAACCCGUUCCUGGCGGACCGGCAGGCGUACAGAUAAACGAGGCCGCCUCCCCGGCCGUCGACGAACGCUCCCGCCGCUUCCGGAAGGGCCGACCUCGACCCGAGACGGUCGCCGGCUCGACACACCCCGGCCGUCGAACGCUCGCUCGAUAGUAUCGGCCGUCGACUAUCUCGAAAUAACAAUCGGUGGUCGACCUCCGCUUUCCGAGGAUCGCCGUCUCUGGAUAUUGUAUUAUAAAGUUAGGAAACGACUCGGCGUCGGCCCCGCCCGCAGCCCGAGGGGGUCUCGGCCCCCGAGAGCGUGCGCGGGGCCGCCGCUGAAGCCUCGAGGAUGA